ACCGUUACGGCUGCCCCAGCCAUCCCUUCCAACGAGCCCUCCUACGCCAACCCAUCAUCAUUCACAUCCGCCGUACUCAACUCGACAAACACCUACCGGAGGCAAUACAACGCAUCAUCAGUCCACUGGAACACCACCCUCGAAAAGUUCGCCUCCGCAUACUUGGCAAACGACACCACCUGCAAAUUCGCCCACUCAGGCGGUCCCUUUGGCGAAAACAUUGCAAUAGGCUACCCCAACGCGACCGCCGCGGUCGAAGCAUGGGGCAACGAGGACAAGGAGUACAACUUUGCGAAACCGGGCUUCACGGAAGAGACGGGGCACUUUUCGCAGCUGGUGUGGAAGGAUACGAGGGCUGUUGGGUGCGGGAGGAAGUUGUGUGGUGAAAGGGGGUGGUUUGUUGUUUGUGAGUAUUGGCCGAGGGGGAAUGUGGGCGGGGAGUAUAAGGAUGAGGUUGGGAGGAGGGUUGAUGGUGUUGAG